CAUAAACACAUAUAUAUUCUGCUACCAUAGCCACAAGAAACAAUAGUGAGAGAAGCACACCAAGCAGUCGGUUAUCCUAGCAUCUUCCAACAUGAUGAUGCUAUUUGUUUUAACAUUGGUGGCCGCAUUGGUAGGAACAGGUCUUUGUGACUGCUACGGAGAGAGUGGUGGUAUUCAUCACAUUGAUAAUUGUAAAGGAACCUUUUAUGCCGGUAGUGGUGGCAUUUACUAUUUCAAGAAAGGUCCGAAGAAAUUUGUUGCUGGCAGUGGCGGUUCUUACUAUGGAGAUGCUGGUGGGGAUGAAUUCGUUGCUGGUCAAUCAGGUGAUUAUCAUUUUGCUACUGCUAAAGGAAAGCAUCGAAAAGGAAAAGGAGUGGUGCAAGGAGGAUCCGGAGGUAUUUACUAUUUACCACAUGGAUAUGGAACGGUGACUGGAGCUAGUGGUGGUGUUUAUUAUGGAGAUGCUGGUGGAAGAGGAAUGGUUGACAGCGUUGGGGGGACCUUCAUUGUUAGAUCUUCCGGAAAAGAAGAGAGUGAUACUGUCUAGCAUGGCUGUAAUAAUGGUGGAGGUUAUGGAAGCCUUUUUUAAAUAUAGUAUUCUCAAUGUAUAUAACAAUUUUUGUACAUGUGUAAAACUAUUGUAACAUAAUAAAUUGAAAAGUUUUAUAUUCUCAA